UUCAAGCCGUGAACAUUCGAAUCCUUGCGGCUUGGGGUGGGACCUGCGGGCGGGGACAGAGCUGCACGCCACUUAAGCUGCUGAAAUGUGAUGGAUCUGGGAGGGGGAGUUCCAGACUUGUAUCAAACUUCGCUAGAGUCGAAGGCGAGGGGCUCGGAAAGAAGCGCAGUUAGGAAGACCUUCUUCUAUGCGGGGCCGUUAGAGCAAGCGGGGACUUGACCCACUUCCGAGCCGAGAGACGCGGGAGGGCUCGGCCUCCUCCACCGCCUCGCUGAUUCCUCCAGAUCCCUCCCUAACAUGCUUGAAACCCCGGGGACUCGCCCGCUUUAAGGCACUCCGGUGGAGUUUUCCGCCUCCUCCGCGUGGAUCUAAUGCCGCGACGAAAGCACUAGGGUCGUUCGCGGGGCGAUCUCGGUCGUGCGAAGCCCGUCUAAAGAAGGUAGCAAGUCAGAGGAUUUGCGUCCCGGACGGCAGGCGCCUGGGCGUGCGCUCCGACCCGCGGCUCUCCUCCCGCCGAGUCUAGCCGAGGCCGGGCUGGGGACGAUGGGCAGCAAGGCCCUCCCGGCGCCGAUCCCGCUGCACCCGUCCCUGCAGCUGACCAACUACUCCUUCCUGCAGGCGGUCAACACCUUCCCGGCCGCCGUGGACCACCUGCAAGGCCUGUACGGCCUGAGCGCCGUACACACGAUGCACAUGAACCACUGGACGGGUUUUGGGGACCCGGACCGGAAGCCCGCGCGCGGCCGCCUGCCCUCCAAGACCAAGAAGGAGUUCAUCUGCAAGUUCUGCGGCCGGCACUUCACCAAGUCUUACAACCUGCUCAUCCACGAGAGGACCCACACGGACGAGCGGCCCUACACCUGCGACAUCUGCCACAAGGCCUUCCGGAGGCAGGACCACCUCCGCGACCACAGGUAUAUCCAUUCCAAAGAGAAACCGUUCAAAUGUCAGGAAUGUGGGAAAGGAUUUUGCCAGUCCAGGACUCUAGCAGUUCAUAAAACUUUACACAUGCAGGAAUCUCCACACAAAUGCCCCACAUGUGGAAGAACCUUUAAUCAAAGAAGUAACCUGAAAACUCACCUUCUCACCCAUACAGACAUCAAGCCCUACAACUGUGAGCGGUGCGGCAAAGUGUUCAGGCGAAACUGUGAUCUGCGGAGGCACAGUCUAACUCACACCCCACGGCAGGACUUCUAGAGCAGCCGAGAACCUCCACAGGGAGCUAACUCUGGCUCAAGGACUUGAACUGUAGGAGAACUGUCUUUUUGCCCGCACACAUGCGGAAAGAUAUACGCAAGGGGCCCAGUCCUCUCUGUCUCCUUGCUCCAGCCAAAUCCUCUGCGAGAUGGAUGGGGGAGUAAUAUCAGCCCCAAGUCUUCUCCCCACGCUGAGAGUUCAGGCUGAUUUUUUUGUAGAUAAUAAGAGCGUAGCUCAUUUUCGAGCUCUGUACAGAAGACAAGUGGUACAAUGUGUUUGCUUCCUUUUGUCUUACCGAAUGCACAUUGGUAACAACAACAAAAUCUGGGAGUGAAAGUAUCUUUUUGUCCCCAACGUGUAUUUCCAAAUAAACAUCUCCCCCCCAACAAAAUUCUCUCAUACUUGGUUUGUGUAAAUAAUGUGAUUAUUUAAUCCUCCUCCUUUUGUGCCAAUUAAAAAAAAUAAAGAAAGU